AUGCCCUUUGCCCACGGGGCCGCCUGUCCUCCAUCGCGCCCGGCUGCCCACCGUGCCACAGGCACCAUGGGCGAGGUGCCCGAGGCGUCCCCCCAGGCGUCGCUGGCUGUCCUCUCCAAGGUGGAGCUGCGGGUCAGCUGUAAGCACCUCCUGGACCGCGACACCCUCAACAAGUCGGACCCCUGCGUCCUGCUGCUGAUGCAGUCCCAGGGCCAGUGGAUGGAGGUGGACCGCAGCGAGGUCAUCAAGAGCAACCUCAACCCUGUCUUCGCCAAGAUCUUCACUGUGGAUUACUACUUCGAGGAGGUGCAGAAGCUGCGCUUCGAGGUGUAUGACAGCCACGGGCACGCCGGCGUGGGCACCCACGACGACGACUUCCUGGGGGGCAUGGAGUGCACCGUGGGGCAGAUCGUGGCACAGAAGCGGGUGACGAAGCCUCUGUUCCUCAAGUACGGGAAGUUUGCCGGCAAGUCCACCAUUACGCAGGUCAUCUCGGAGGAGAUCUCGGGGAACAACGGCUACGUGGAGCUCGCCUUCCGUGCCAAGAAGCUGGAUGACAAGGACCUCUUCAGCAAGUCAGACCCCUUCCUGGAGAUCUACCGCAUCGAUGACGACCGCAGUGAGCAGCUGGUGUACCGCACUGAGGUGGUGAAGAACAACCUGAGCCCCAUCUGGGAGCCCUUCAAGGUCUCCCUCAACUCUCUCUGCAGCUGUGAGGAGAAGAGGAAGCUGAGGUGUGUGGUGUGGGACUACGACUCGCGUGGCAAGCACGACUUCAUUGGGGAGUUCUUUACCACCUUCGAGGAGAUGCAGAAGGCCAUGGGGGAGAACAAGGUACAGUGGGACUGCAUGAACCCCAAGUACAAGCUCAAGAAGCGCAACUACAAGAACUCAGGGGUCGUGGUGCUGCUGGACCUGAAGAUCCACAGAGUCUACUCCUUCCUGGACUACAUCAUGGGUGGCUGCCAGAUCCAUUUCACAGUGGCCAUCGACUUCACAGCCUCCAAUGGGGACCCCCGAAACAGCUGCUCCCUGCACUACAUCAACCCCUACCAGCCCAACGAGUACCUCAAGGCCCUGGUUGCCGUGGGUGAGAUCUGCCAGGACUAUGACAGUGAUAAGAAGUUCUCAGCACUGGGCUUUGGUGCCAGGAUCCCCCCCAAGUAUGAGGUCUCCCAUGAUUUUGCCAUCAACUUCAACCCUGACAAUGAUGAGUGUGAAGGAAUUCAGGGCGUGGUGGAGUCCUACCAGAGCUGCCUGCCCAAAAUCCAGCUCUACGGCCCCACCAACGUGGCCCCCAUCAUCUCCAAGGUGGCUCGGGUAGCAGCCGAUGAGGAGAGGACCAAGGAGGCUUCGCAAUACUUCAUCCUGCUGAUCCUGACGGACGGGGUGGUGACGGACAUGGCGGACACGCGGGAAGCCAUCGUCCGCGCCUCCUACCUGCCCAUGUCCAUCAUCAUCGUCGGGGUGGGCAACGCCGACUUCACCGACAUGCAGAUCCUGGACGGGGACGACGGUGUCCUGCGCUCCCCCAAGGGCGAGCCUGUGCUCCGCGACAUCGUCCAGUUCGUCCCCUUCCGCGAAUUCAAGAACGCGUCCCCGACAGCCCUGGCCAAGUGUGUGCUGGCAGAGGUGCCCAAGCAGGUGGUGGAGUACUACAGCUACAAGGCCUUCCCCCCGCGCUGUCCCCAGACCCACGAUGCCCCUGAUGCCAAUCUCAGUUCACCCCAGUGA